CAGCAGGAGGACGAAAUAACGACGAGAGGCACAGACAGACAGAGAAGACGAAGAAGAAGACGAAGAAGAAGAAGAAGAAGAAGAAGAAGAAGAAGAAGACGAAGACGAAGACGAAGACGAAGAGCGAUGACUCACAGAAGAACCAGACUCUUCAUGAUGGCUGCCGUUGUCUCGUAUGUGAUGACAUCAUGCGGCGCCGUCCCCAUCAAUGACCUGUUGGACCGAGCGUCGCAGCGUUCGGACAAACUGCACUCGCUCAGCACGACACUCAGCCAAGAGCUGGACUCUCACUUCCCUCCGAUUGGUCGGGUGAUCACGCCGCGGCCCUCGAUGUGCCACACCUCCGCUCUGCAGACGCCCAAUGACAAGACACAAGUUCUUCAAGUAUCAGAGUCCGACCUGCUGUCGCUGGCUCGCUCUCUGCUCCAGGCCUGGGACGACCCUCUGUCCGUCCUGUCCUCCUCGGCCUUCAACCUGCCUCACCCGGCUCAGAGCAGCAUAUUCAACAAGGUCCGCGAGCUGCAGGAGCACUCCAAGAACCUUUGGGACGGCCUGGACGUCCUCUCUGGGAAAAUGGGUGCAGAGGCUCAGGCUCUCUCCUUCCUGCCCUACAGCGACAAUGACCUCGGCCAGGACAGGAUUUCCAAACUGAUCAACUUCCACUUCCUCUUGUCCUGCUUCCGACGGGACUCACACAAGAUUGACAGCUUCCUGAAAGUCCUGCGCUGCCGAGCUACAAACGAGCAACCUGAGACGUGCUGAGGGCCGAGGCCCGAGUCCGAGGGGGAUUUACCUGAAGCUUCUAUUCCCUGUCAACUGUAGAUUAGCUGUUUCUAUCUGUCUGCUGCGCUAACUGCUGAGUGAGAGGUCUGAGGAGCUCUCAGGAGGUGAAGAUGAGGAGGAAAUCAUGUUUUAUUUAUUGUGACCCAUCGUCGUGCACGACACCGCAGUGACUGCACUGAUCCAAUUCUAAUGUAAUCUCCAUAAACAGAUUCUACAUGUGACCUAACAGAAUCUGUGAAGGACUUUGAGGCCUUCUGGUUCAAGGUGUUAAUUCAACCAAUCAAUCUGUGGCGACUUCGAGGAAUAAACAAAAAUGUUUCUGAGCGUCUUCAGUUCUUUUAUCUGUCGUGUUAACGGUCAGAAGAUUCUCUGAGAUCCAGAACACGACAAAAAUCUGAUUCUGAUCAUUAAAAACUGAGCUCGAAGCACAAAUUUAACCCAAAUAAUCAGUGAUGAGCGAAGUGCCGUCCCUCAGAGUCACAGGUCGAAGAGGUUCAGGGAGGAUUCAGUCUGCUGACGGACCCGAGGACCACUCGUCCCCAGAUGUGUCCAGCUGUCCACGCUGAGGUCACAGACUAACUCCUCCUCGUGAUGUUUCUACUGAAGCUUCGUCCUCCACAGGCCAAGCUGCCGACCGAGCGUCGAGCUGCUGAGAGACACGAGAGGAGCUGAGGCCACAGCUUCCUUCUUCUCACAGAGAAUCACUGUUUAGCUCCACUGAAGACAAACUGCAGCACCUGUAGAUUUGAUUUCCUCAUCGUCAACGCAAAGCAACUGAAACACGUCUGUAUGUCAAUAAAAAGCAUCUCUUGCACAGUCUA